GACAAGCAUAAAAGACAGAACAGAUCAUUGUGAUAAAGGAAGUGUUGAAGUACUGCAGCUGCUACAGCGAGAGAGGACAUCGGUUUUAUUUUCCUGCAUCACUAGCUAAGUUUCUUGUAUGGAUUUAUAUACAAGCAUCCCUAUGUCACAAAAUGUCUACGACGUUUAUCGGGUGAACGUUAAUCCUCUUCAAGUGAUGACUGGCUCUUGUCUUCCAAUGACCUUCUAUCAUGAGUAUGUCAAGGGGAAACCUUUGGCAAUAGGAAUUGCUAUCAUUGUUAUAUCCCUUGUCCAGAUUGCUGUAGGUAUUGGGUCAUUUCAUAAUUCACAUCUUGGUCCCUUUGGUCCUUUUUCUCUCUUGAGUGCCAUUGUAUUCUGGGCUCCUCUGUUUUACAUCAUAACGGGGUCAUUGAUGAUUGCUGGUAAAUGUAAACCAUCCAUAUGUCUGGUUAAUGGUUCCAUGGUUCUCAACAUCAUAAACUCAUUUAUCAGCUUCAUUGGAUUAAUACUGGCUUCCUUAGAUAUGUACAUAGUUACGGAACAAUGUCAUCAACAUUUUCAGUCUGAAAUAAGAUGUACAGUAUUUGGGGGAAUGGCAACUGCUUCCAUUCUUCUGGUCAGUGAUUUCCUCUUGCUGUUGAUUUUCAUAUAUUCUGCUGUCCUUGGAGGGCGCUCUAUGAAACAUGUGCCAAGUAUUCCUCAGGCAUGUUAGGCAUCAGGAGUGUGAUAUCUUCAAUCAACCAGAGCUUAAAUGGUCUAGAUGGUCCAAGGGUUUUACCGAUUACAGAAAAUCUAACUGCAUAAGAAUACAUUGUAUUGUACCCAAAGCUAAUUGCU